CAAGAGUCAAUAAAUGUUGUUUGAAAAGGUUGUUCCUCCAACUUUACUUCUAUGUUUACUCUUCCUCCUAUUUUAGCAAGCAAAACCAUUGGAUGAAGUGAUGACCUAGUCAGACUUCAUUAGCAAGUGUCAUCAUUCCAUAUCAUUUCUCUUUACCGUUAUUUUCAGUCUUAACUCUUAAUCUUAUUUCUUGAGCCCCCCACUUGCCCCUUCUUCCUCACUACUCAAAUACUACCUCUCUCCUCUCUUUCCCUUCUUCUCCUUCUAACAAACAAACACUCACCAAAAAUUCUUAACUAAUAUACUCUAUAAUGUCAUCCAAAUCCCCUGUUUUCACUAUGCUUGAACCUCACCAUUUCAGCGAUUAUGGCUUUGACCCUCAAAUCGAUUAUUUCCAGGUGUUAGAGGAGGCAAGGAAGCAUAAACGAGAAGCUACAAGAUCCAUAGACACGCUCCAUUUUAAGCUCCAAAAACCGAUUUCAAAAGACGACCCAAAAAAGUGCUCAAAGAAGAGACGUCAUCAAUGGUGGUGGAAAAACGCACUACUCUUCUUCAAGACCAAAUGGGCCGCUCAACACAAGAGACCCAGCCCAAUUGACUACCACAACCACCACCAGCCUUGUCGAGGUGGGUCCAUCUCCGGCCCAAUUUACUUUACAGAGUACUCAUCUGGGUCACAGUCCACCUCCCCUUGUCGGACCACAACCCGCCCAACAUCCGGCCCAAUUGCUGGAACAUUAACGCCGACUCGAAAGGGUGAUUUGGAGAUCCCAUAUAUUAGCCUCAAGGAUCUUAAUAUGGACUUGGACCCACCACCGCACGUGAUCUCUUCCACACCCAUGCCUAUUUAUUUAGUGACUUAAAUUUGGGAAAAGACUAAUAUACCCUUUUAGAGGAAAGAGAAACAGGUCUUGGAUUUAUUGGGAUUAAUUUAUUAGGUUAAUGAAGUUGUUAACUUUUUUUUAAAAUUUUUUGUUUAAUCUUUCGGUUGAAUCUUGCACAAAGAUGUUCUUUGUGUAAAGAGUUCUUUCUGAAUUCUGAUGAGUGUGUUUCUUUUUAGUUUUUACGGGUUUUUUUUGGGCAACUUUAGUGCUGGAUUUUUAUGGGUGUUUUUUAAUUGGACCCCUCAGUUAACCUUUUACUUUGACUGGGGUGUGUUUUUUCCCAAGAUUGUGACCAUUGAAACAUGCAGCGGGUAGUACGAUGUCGUUGUGAUGCUUUUUGUUUCUGUUUUUUUUUUUUUUUUUUUUAGGGGUGGAGGCGAGUGGGGUGUUAUUGUAAGUUUGUAACUCCUUGUUAUUUCUUGUGUUUCUAGUUUCCACCAAAUGUAAUGUAACGGCAACGCGGUUCUUAGUACUUUAGUAGUCAUUAUCUCGCUUUAUUAGUAACUCAAAACUUUUUAAUCAGCGUACCUUUGUUUUA